UAGUGGCGCCGCGUGAGUUCUCCACUGGCUCUGGCCAAAGCCAUCUUUGCAUUGUUCCUGCCCUGCUCUGCUCCUCGGGCGGCCGGACCUGCGCUUCGCUUAUUUUUAUAUCCGAGCUAUUUUCUAUCCACCGCUCCCCACGCACCAUGUCAGACACAGCUGUGGACACCAGCGCGGAGAUCUCCACCAAGGAUCUAAAAGAGAAGAAAGAAGUUGUGGAAGAGACAGAAAAUGGCAGAGAUGCACCAGCCAACGGCAACGCUGAGAACGAGGAAAACGGAGAGCAGGAGGCUGACAACGAAGUAGACGAAGAGGAAGAAGAAGGUGGCGAAGAAGAGGACGAGGAGGAAGAGGGUGAUGGUGAGGAAGAGGACGGCGAUGAAGAUGAGGAAGGCGACGCACCCACAGGCAAACGGGCAGCUGAGGAUGACGAGGACGAGGACGUCGAUCCCAAGAAGCAGAAAACCGAUGAAGAUGACUAGGCAGCACAUAUAUAUAUUUUUUAAAAUAAGGAGAAAAACAAACAAAAGGCCAGCGCGACCUGUUCACUUUCAACGUCCCGUCGCAACCCCCCCACCGUGGUCACCCUCCCCAAGUAGAGCGAACCUGCCCACGAUGCCGACGCCACUCGGAACGAAUGCCCGAAAAGAUUCCCCACCCCACCCCCCAUCAGUGGGGCGAGAACCCCUCUUUCCCCAGCACCAAAACUUCAAGGCCCUGCUUUCUUUCUUAAAAAUACUUUAAAGGAGAA